UGCCUCCAGGGGACCGUCCAGGUUGAGGUCCUGGCUCUCUGGGCUCUCCCAGCUUUUAGACCAACCUUGGUCUCCGGUCGUGCCUUGGGCAUCUCGAAGACCUAGAGUUUGGUAAGUCCGUGUUUUGACUCUGGUUCUGUCUGCUCAUGGCUAAUUGUGUGACCUUGGACAGGUGAAUUCACCUCUCUGAGCCUGGGUUUCUUUACCUGGGGAGUGGCUAACAGUAGUACCUGACUCAGAGGGCAGCUUUGAGACUUAACAUGAGAUGUGAUUGGAGAAGCAAUUAGCUUCCCCGCUCACCUGCCUUCAUGUCCCUCCCAUGGCCUUCAAGCCAGUCCCAGGCUCUCUGCAGGGCUCUGCGGCUGCCUAUGUCCUUGGGCCAAGGACGCCGGGGACCUUGCUGAGCCCUUGGACGGAGGAGCUGCCGGGCUGCUGAGGUCCAGAGAGGGUCGGGGGGGACCACCCAGGGGGCAGAGGGCCAGGGCAGCACCCACAGUGUACAGGGAUACUACAGGGAUACGCCACCUGCUCUCCCCAGGGAGGGAACUCAUGAAUAUUCACGGCCACUGAAGCAAGAGGGAGCCAGCCAGCACACUCCUGGGUGUCAUUGGAGCGUUCAGGUUUCCCAGUGACCGCAGAGGCAGCCUGGGAGUCAGAUGUGGCUCAGGCAGGGAGAGGGAAGGGGCAGCCAGACCUGGCCCCAGGUGAGUGUCUUCCUCUGCCCUGCGCAUGGCCCCUGGGGGAGCAGGAUGCCCUGGGAUGGAGGCCUGCCUGCUGGUGGCGUCCUAGGCUGGAAGGCUCACCAUCCUGGGCUUGGGCUCCCUGUGUAGAUGCUGCGGAGGAUGAGCCCCGUUUCCCCUUCGUUCCCUGGAGUCUGCUGGUCCAGCUGAACAGGAGGAGUGCUGGGUCUGGCUGGGAGCAAGCCGUCGGCACACAUGGAGGGCGAUCUGGCUGGGGUAACCCAGGAGGACAGGAAUAGAGGGGGUGGGGUGGGGAGGGGGACGGUCUGCCCUGAGUGCCUGGGACUGUUCCACCAUAGCAGAGGAGGGAGACUCAGGCUCUAGUCCUGUCUUUGCCACUGCUGUGCUGUGUGACCUUGAUGGGGGCUCUGCCCUCUCUGAGCCUCAGCCUUCCGGAGGCACCGUUUUCCAAGAUGGAGGCUUGGAGGCUUGGGCCGUGCUGCGAUUGUGCUCGGUACCGCAAAGGCCUUAGGCUUCCCUGAUGGUUGAGUGGUAAAGAAUCUGCCGGCCAGGAGACAUGGGUUCGAUCCCUGAGAGGUGAAGAUGCCCUGGAGGAGGAAAUGGCAACCCACUCCAGUAUUCUUGCCUGGAAAAUGCCACGGACAGAGGAGUCUGGCAGGCUACAGUCCACGGGGUCGCAAAGAGCUGGACACGACUGAGCGACUAAGCCGCCACCACCACCUCAUGGCCUCAGACCUGGGACUGUCAGCUGCCUGCAAGCCUCGGCCUUCUGUGAGGUCCAGCUGAGCACACCCUUUCCCCUCGGGCUGGGGCUGGGCCCGCGGCACGUUGGGCAGCAGCUGCCACGGACAGCCGGGAAGAUGCACAUUGCAAGCCAACAGAUCACAGCUCGAAUCCCAGUUCUGCCCCCUGCUUUGCGACCCAGAGCCUCAGUAUCCCCAUCUGCAAAAUAGGGGUGACAGUGGGGUCUGCCUCCGAGGACACCUGGGUGGAGAGUGUCUGAGAUGCCGCUGCCACAGAAGAAGCGCUGGGAGUCCAUGGCCAAGGGGCUGGUGCUGGGAGCACUCUUCACCAGCUUCCUGCUACUGCUGUACUCCUAUGCCGUGCCCCCGCUGUACACUGGCCUGGCUUCCACCAGGACCCCCGAGGGCGCGGCUCCCUGCUCUCCGGCCCCGAGUGAUACAGAGGCUCCCACCUCGGCCAACGGCUCUGCGGGAGGCUGCCAGCCGCGGCGGGACAUCGUGUUCAUGAAGACGCACAAGACGGCCAGCAGCACGCUGCUCAACAUCCUGUUCCGCUUCGGCCAGAAGCACGGGCUCAAGUUCGCCUUCCCCAACGGCCGCAACGACUUCGACUACCCCGCCUUCUUCGCGCGCAGCCUGGUGCAGGACUACCGGCCCGGGGCCUGCUUCAACAUCAUCUGCAACCACAUGCGCUUCCACUACGACGAGGUGCGGGGCCUGGUGGCGCCCAACGCCACCUUCAUCACCGUGCUCCGCGACCCCGCCCGCCUCUUCGAGUCCUCCUUCCACUACUUCGGCUCCGUGGUGCCCUUCACGUGGAAGCUCUCGGGCCGCGACAAGCUGGCCGAGUUCCUGCAGGACCCCGACCGCUACUACGACCCCCGCGGCUACAACGCCCACUACCUCCGCAACCUGCUCUUCUUCGACCUGGGCUACGACAGCGACCUGGACCCCGGCAGCCCGCAGGUGCAGGAGCACAUCCUGGAGGUGGAGCGCCGCUUCCACCUGGUGCUGCUGCAGGAGUACUUCGACGAGUCGCUCGUGCUGCUCAAGGACCUGCUGUGCUGGGAGCUGGAGGACGUGCUCUACUUCAAGCUCAACGCCCGCCGCGCCUCGGCCGUGCCGCGCCUCUCGGGCGAGCUGUACCGGCGCGCCACGGCCUGGAACGUGCUAGAUGCACGCCUCUACCGCCACUUCAAUGCCAGCUUCUGGCGCAAAGUGGAGGCCUUCGGGCACGAGCGCAUGGCUCGCGAGGUGGCCGCCCUGCGGCGCGCCAACGAGCGCAUGCGCCGCAUCUGCAUCGACGGCGGCCGCGCGGUGGACGCGGCGGCCAUCCAGGACUCGGCCAUGCAGCCCUGGCAGCCGCUGGGCGUCAAGUCCAUCCUGGGCUACAACCUCAAGAAGAGCAUCGGGCAGCGGCAUGCGCAGCUCUGCCGGCGCAUGCUCACGCCAGAGAUCCAGUACCUGAUGGACCUGGGCGCCAACCUGUGGUUCAUCAAGCUCUGCAAGUUCAUCCGGGACUUCCUGCGGUGGUGACGCCAGGGCGCCCGCCGAAGAGGGCCCGGCGGGGGUCUCGCCGGCCAUCCCUCUGCGGCCUCUCUUGGUGCCACCCCAGUUCCUGGGGUGAGGUGGGGCUGUUCGCAGGGAUGCCACCAGCCAAGGACUGGGCCCACGGAACACAGGACCUAACUGAGAGCAGUAUUUGACUAAUUAGAGUUGUUGUUGUUGUUUAAUUAAAUCCCCCUACCCUCCACCCAAAAAGAAUGUUCUAUUUUCUGGCUCCCCUUAAAUGGGAGACUUCAGAAGUAAAGGAAUUUGAUGUGUUUUUGUUAA